UUUUGACCAGGAAAGGAGCAGCGGCCGGCAGGGUCUUCUGGUAGUGGGAGCACCACCUCCGCACAGUCACCUCGCAUCAGUGGAGUCUGCUCUCUGCAGCCCCCCAACUGUCUCUCUCCCCCCUUUAACGCAAGGCCCCUCGUCUCAAGGAGGUUCUUGCCGUCACGGCGCCAGCGUCCGACUGCUGAGUUACUUUUUUUUUCCUGAUAAGCUGAGGGGGACGUGAGAAGUCCAGUCAGAGGCGGCACGAUGACAGCUGUCGAAACCCAAAUGACAUACAGCAACUCGUACACGAUCCAUCAUGAAGAGACGUACAUGACCCAGGAGGAGGACUGGGACAGGGACCUGCUGCUGGACCCUGCCUGGGAGAAGCAGCAGAGGAAGACCUUCACAGCUUGGUGCAACUCCCACUUGAGGAAGGCCGGGACACAGAUCGAGAACAUUGAAGAGGAUUUUAGAAAUGGCCUCAAACUCAUGCUCCUGCUGGAGGUCAUUUCAGGCGAGAGGCUGCCCAAGCCUGAUAAGGGCAAGAUGCGUUUCCACAAGAUCGCCAACGUGAACAAAGCCCUGGACUUCAUCUGCAGCAAAGGAGUCAAGCUUGUGUCCAUCGGUGCUGAGGAAAUUGUUGAUGGUAACGUGAAGAUGACUCUUGGUAUGAUCUGGACCAUCAUUCUGCGUUUCGCCAUCCAAGACAUCUCUGUCGAAGAGACAUCUGCCAAGGAGGGUCUGCUGCUGUGGUGCCAGAGGAAGACUGCCCCCUACAGGAACGUCAAUGUGCAGAACUUCCACAUCAGUUGGAAGGAUGGCCUGGCUCUGUGUGCCCUCAUCCACAGACACAGACCUGACCUGAUCGACUACUCCAAACUGAGAAAGGACGACCCCAUUGGUAACCUGAACACCGCCUUUGAGGUUGCUGAGAAGUUCCUGGACAUCCCAAAAAUGCUUGAUGCUGAAGAUAUUGUGAACACACCCAAGCCUGAUGAGAAGGCCAUCAUGACCUACGUGUCCUGCUUCUAUCAUGCCUUUGCCGGAGCUGAGCAGGCUGAGACAGCUGCCAACCGUAUCUGCAAAGUUCUGGCUGUCAAUCAGGAGAAUGAGAAGUUGAUGGAGGAGUACGAGAAGCUGGCGAGUGAGCUGCUGGAGUGGAUCCGCCGCACCAUCCCCUGGCUGGAGAACCGUGUGGCUGAGCAGACGAUGCGCGCCAUGCAGCAGAAGCUGGAGGACUUCCGUGACUACCGCCGCGUCCACAAGCCGCCCCGCGUCCAGGAGAAAUGCCAGCUGGAGAUCAACUUCAACACCCUGCAAACAAAACUGAGGCUCAGCAACAGACCUGCCUUCAUGCCCUCCGAGGGCAAGAUGGUUUCGGACAUUGCCAAUGCUUGGAAGGGUCUGGAGCAAGUGGAGAAGGGCUACGAGGAGUGGCUCCUGACUGAGAUCCGCCGCCUGGAGAGACUGGACCAUCUGGCUGAGAAGUUCAAGCAGAAGUGCCACAUGCACGAAUCCUGGACUUCAGGUAAGGAGGACCUGCUGUCCCAGAAGGACUACGAGUCGGCUUCUCUGAUGGAGAUCCGAGCCCUGAUGAGGAAGCACGAGGCAUUUGAGAGCGACCUGGCUGCUCACCAGGACAGAGUGGAGCAGAUCGCUGCCAUCGCCCAAGAGUUGAAUGAGCUGGACUACCACGACGCUGCCACCAUCAACACCCGCUGCCAGGGUAUCUGUGACCAGUGGGACAACCUCGGCACCCUGACCCAGAAGAGGAGGGACGCCCUGGAGCGUGUGGAGAAGCUGUGGGAGACCAUUGACCAGCUGUAUCUGGAGUUUGCCAAGAGAGCUGCCCCCUUCAACAACUGGAUGGACGGAGCCAUGGAGGAUCUGCAGGACAUGUUCAUUGUCCACAGCAUUGAGGAGAUCCAGAGUCUGAUCACAGCUCACGAUCAGUUCAAGGCCACUCUGCCUGAAGCCGACAAGGAGCGCAUGGCUACGAUGGGCAUCCACAAUGAAAUCCUGAAAAUCGCCCAGACCUACGGCAUCAAGCUGUCCGGAAUCAACCCGUACACCAACCUCACCCCUCAGGACAUCAGCAACAAGUGGGACACUGUGAAGCACCUGGUGCCCCUCAGAGACCAAAUGCUGCAGGAGGAAGUAGCCAGGCAGCAGGCCAACGAGAGGCUCCGACGCCAGUUUGCUGCCCAGGCCAACAUCAUUGGACCCUGGAUUCAAACCAAGAUGGAGGAGAUCAGCCACGUAUCUGUGGACAUCGCCGGCUCUCUGGAGGAACAGAUGAACAGUCUGAAGCAAUACGAGCAAAACAUCAUCAAUUACAAGUCCAACAUCGACAAGCUGGAGGGAGACCACCAGCUGAGCCAGGAGUCCCUCAUCUUCGACAACAAGCACACCAACUACACCAUGGAGCACAUCCGCGUGGGCUGGGAGCAGCUGCUCACCACCAUCGCCAGAACCAUCAACGAGGUGGAGAACCAGAUCCUGACCCGCGACGCCAAGGGCAUCAGCCAGGAGCAGCUGAACGAGUUCAGAGCUUCUUUCAAUCACUUCGACAGGAAGAGAAACGGCAUGAUGGACCCCGACGACUUCCGUGCCUGCCUCAUCUCCAUGGGCUACGAUCUGGGUGAGGUGGAGUUUGCCCGCAUCAUGACCUUGGUGGACCCCAACAACACAAGCGUAGUCACCUUCCAGGCCUUCAUCGACUUCAUGACUCGCGAGACCGCAGAGACAGACACCGCUGAACAGGUCAUGGCCUCCUUCAAGAUUCUGGCCUCAGACAAGAACUACAUCACAGUGGACGAGCUGCGUAGAGAGCUGCCACCAGAGCAGGCCGAGUACUGCAUCAGCCGCAUGACCAGGUACAUCGGACCUGACGGACCCCCCGGUGCCCUGGACUACAUCUCCUUCUCCAGCGCCCUCUACGGAGAGAGCGACUUAUAAACCCCUGAACCCCCCUUCCUCUUCAACUCGUCCCUUCUUCCCCUAUUUCUCCGGCGUGGAGAGAGAGAGAGCGAGUGAAAUCCUUCCACACGCUUUGUUCUCAUCAUUUUUUCCUCUUUCUAAUCUUCACCUUCUCUCCAUCCCCCCUUUAAAGCCCGGAGACAGGUGGGGCGGGUGACUUGGCUCAAAAUCGCCUCUCAACCGCGCUGAGAUUUUGAGCGACGCCUCCCGCCCUCUCCGUCUCUCAGAUGACAUAUUUUUGUAGAAGGGUGAUUAAAGAAGAAAACGUGAUCUAAAAAAAAAGCUGGUUGGCUUGGUUGGUUGUGUAUUUGUGCUGCUGCAUGCAAUGUUGAACUUGUCGUUUCUGUGAGUCACUGACUGCGUCACCCCAAAAACCGCCAUCAUGAAGCCACGUUGUUGGAGCUCAGAGAAGUUCAGGAUUAAACAGAGAUGAAAAGAGCAAAGCACUGUGGGUAGGUGAGGCAAGACGCUGACUCAGGAACGGUAACCGAUAUGAUAAAAGGAGCAGGGAGCCCACGUUGGGAUGUUUGAACGUGGGGGAGUUGAGGCAGGGAGAGAAGUGGAACGAUGCAGCAGAGCGACAGGAAAGUCAAGGAAGAGAAACGGAAUGUGGAACCUCAAGAGUUUGGGUUCCAUUGGAAGGUCAGCCAUGAAAACCUCCCGUGCAUGUUACAGUUUAUCUUGGCUCCACUCUCACACUGUCCCUAUCGAAACACACACAAAAAAAAAAACACAAGUGGAAAAAUAAAAAAGGAAAACUCUGUUA